CGUCAAUGUCAAUGUGAAAUUGUGAAAUAUUGUGAAUGUGUUUGUUGUGUGGCGACAUGCUGGAGGUUAGGGUAAAUUAAAUGAUAGUGAAAAACAGUAAUUUAUUGCAUUAGAAUUGGACCUAUUUAGUGCAAAAUGGCAGACGUGAAUAGUUUAUUUGAUUGUUUUGAUGAGUCAGCAGCGGACGAAGCCCCUGUUCAACUUCCUGAUGUUAAGAAAGAAAAAAGUGAACCGGGUGCUGAAAAUCCAACAGAUUCUACUUCUUUAAAACGGUUGCACGAAGAAGUAGACGCUAUUGAACAAAUCAAUAAAAAGCAAAAAGCAGACGAAGAUGAUGUAGAAUUGACCAGUGAUAUAAAUUUAGAUCUCUUGAAUGCUCGUAUUGUAAUACAUACACUUGAAACCCAUGAGGGUUGUACACACGAGGUGGCAAUACCACCAAACCAUGAAUAUGCCCCGCUUAUGCCAAUCACAGGAGAGCCGGCAAAACAGUAUAGUUUCAUACUGGAUCCAUUUCAGAAGGAGGCUAUACUUUGCAUAGACAACAUACAAUCCGUAUUGGUUUCCGCUCACACAUCUGCUGGAAAAACUGUGGUGGCUGAGUAUGCUAUAGCUCUAUCUUUGAAGAACAAACAAAGAGUCAUAUACACUACUCCUAUCAAAGCUCUGUCUAACCAGAAAUAUAGGGAGUUUUCCGAAGAGUUUCAUGAUGUAGGUCUUAUAACUGGUGAUGUGACCAUAAACCCAUCAGCUUCAUGUUUAAUUAUGACUACUGAGAUUUUGAGAAAUAUGUUGUACAGAGGUUCUGAAAUCAUGCGUGAAGUGGGAUGGGUUAUUUUUGAUGAAAUUCAUUACAUGAGGGAUAAAGAGAGAGGUGUUGUCUGGGAAGAAACCUUGAUUUUACUGCCUGAUAAUGUACACUACGUGUUCCUGUCGGCUACGAUACCUAAUGCCCGUCAGUUUGCGGAGUGGGUCUGUCGACUGCACUCUCAACCUUGUCAUGUGGUGUACACCGAGUUCCGACCCACUCCGUUACAACACUACAUAUUCCCUGCUGGAGGCGAUGGUAUACAUCUUGUGGUAGAUGAAAAGGGUAUAUUUAAAGAGGACAACUUCAACACUGCCAUGGCAGUUUUGAGCAACGCGGGUGACGCAGCCAAGGGCGACCAACGUGGCCGUCGCGGUGGCCCACGCGGCGCCAAUCAAACUAAUAUAUUUAACAUCGUUAAGAUGAUCAUGGAAAGGAACUUCGCACCUGUUAUCAUAUUCAGUUUCAGUAAAAAGGAUUGUGAAGCAUAUGCCAUGCAGAUGGCUAAAUUGGACUUUAAUACAAUUGAGGAAAAGAAGCUUGUAGACGAAGUAUUUAACAAUGCUAUGGAUGUAUUGUCUGAGGACGACCGUAAAUUACCCCAGGUGGAGAACGUAAUUCCUUUGCUGCGGCGCGGUAUUGGCAUACAUCACGGUGGUCUCCUGCCUAUUCUCAAGGAAACUAUUGAAAUUCUAUUUGGAUUGGGACUUAUUAAGGCACUAUUUGCGACUGAGACAUUUGCUAUGGGUCUGAACAUGCCUGCCAGAACGGUCGUGUUUACCAGCUGCCAGAAGUUUGAUGGAAAAGAUUUUAGAUUUAUAUCAUCAGGCGAGUACAUCCAGAUGUCGGGACGCGCAGGUCGGCGAGGUCUCGAUGACAAGGGUAUUGUGAUCCUGAUGAUUGAUGAGAAGGUCACGCCCGCUGUCGUUAAAGGCAUGGUGCAGGGUAAAGCCGAUCCCAUCAACUCCGCCUUCCAUCUCACUUAUAAUAUGGUGCUAAAUUUAUUGAGAGUAGAAGAAAUCAAUCCGGAGUAUAUGUUAGAAAGGAGUUUCUUCCAGUUUCAAAACCAGGCGGCAAUACCCGAUCUAAUAGACAAAGUGAAAUCAAAACAGAAGGAGUACAAAGCUCUCACCAUCGCGGAGGAGCACUCCAUAGCCUCGUACUGCAACAUCAGGUCGCAAUUAGACCUUUUGGGCGCACAGUUCAGGUCCUUCAUCACAAAGCCUGAGUACUUGAAGCCUUUCUUACAACCAGGACGACUUGUUAAGGUAAAAACGGAAAAACAUGAGUAUGAUUGGGGCAUUAUAAUAAACUUUAGACAUAAUACGAGCAAAGGCAAGAAGGGAGAGGAGAACCCUUUAAAUUCAGAAGCUGUGAUCCUGGUGGACAUUUUGUUGCAUGUGAAAAAGACUUCCGAAGAUGAUACAGACAGCAGAGUGCCAUGUCCACCCGGGGAGGCAGGCGACGUAGAAGUGGUUCCAGUAUUGCACACACUCAUCUAUCAAAUUAGUUCCCUAAGGGUGUAUUAUCCAAAAGACCUAAGACCGAAAGACAAUAGAAAAUCUGUGCUAAAAACCAUUGGUGAAGUAAAAAAACGUUUUCCUGAAGGACCACCUUUAUUGAACCCCAUUAAAGAUAUGAAAAUCACUGAGCCAGUGUUUAAGGAAUGUGUUGAUAGAAUAAAGAAUUUGGAAGAAAGACUGUAUGCUCAUCCCCUGCACAAUGACAAGAGUCGUGGCGCGCUGACAGCCGCGUAUGAGAGGAAGCAGGAACUUCAUGAGGAACUCACGUUGGCCAAGGCUGAGCUGAAGACUGCCAAGAGUAUACUGCAAAUGGACGAACUCAAGAAGAGGAAACGAGUGUUACGACGAAUGGGAUACUGCACGGCCGCCGAUGUCAUAGAACUGAAAGGACGUAUCGCUUGUGAGUUGAGCAGUGCUGAUGAGUUGCUCUUAACGGAGUUGAUAUUCAACGGAGUGUUCAACGGGCUCACGUCGGAGCAGAGCGCGGCGCUCGUCAGCUGCUUCGUGUGUGACGAGAACUCGUCGCAGUCCUCCGCCACCGGGGAGGAACUACGCGGCGUGUUGCGACAGUUACAAGAAUACGCUCGUAGAAUAGCCAAGGUAUCGCAAGACGCUAAGAUGGAGAUCGACGAGGACGAAUACGUGGGCAAGUUCAAGUGUACGCUGAUGGACGUGGUGCUGACUUGGGCCAAGGGAGCUUCCUUCUUACAGAUCUGCAAAAUGACUGACGUCUUUGAAGGUUCCAUAAUCAGAUGUAUGCGUCGUCUAGAGGAAGUGCUCAGACAACUGUGCCAGGCCGCCAAGAACAUCGGCAACACAGAUCUGGAGAACAAGUUCAGCGAAGCCAUCAAACUGCUCAAGAGAGACAUCGUCUUUGCAGCCAGUUUGUACAUGUAACUCUGUAUGUACCACUGUUAUUAUUGUCUAAUAUAAGCGUAUCAUAUAUUACAG